GUUUCCGGCGGGCGGAGGGAGGGGGCAGCGGUGGCGGCGACGAGAGUUUUCCCCUUUCGGUCGGAGGGGCGGCGCCGGGCGGGGUGAACGGGGGCGAGGGCCGAGGCUUCCAUCGGCGGGCCAGGCCGGAUGAGUGGAAGUGACUGGUUUUCUUGCACAGGGGGGCAGAGGAGCUCUGGCUUGCCAGUGAAUGUUGACUGUAGCACUUUUUCAGCAAUAAGGUGUGAUUAACCAAGGAUGACAAUGGAAGAGAUGAGGAAUGAAGCAGAAACGACAUCCAUGGUUUCCAUGCCACUCUAUGCAGUGAUGUAUCCAGUAUUUAAUGAGCUGGAGCAAGUUAAUUUAUCUGCUGCACAGACUCUCAGAGCGGCUUUUAUUAAGGCUGAAAAAGAAAACCCUGGUCUGACUCAAGACAUCAUAACCAAAAUUCUGGAAAAGAAUUGUGUGGAAGUGAAUUUCACCGAGUCCUUGCUGCGCAUGGCCAGUGACGAUGUUGAAGAAUAUAUGAUCGACAGGCAAGAACCAGAAUUUCGGGAACUCAAUGACAAAGCACGAGCGCUGAAAAACAUUCUCAGCAAAAUUCCUGAUGAGAUCAAUGAUAGGGUGCGAUUUCUUCAGACAAUCAAGGAUAUAGCCAGUGCAAUAAAGGAGCUGCUCGAUACUGUGAACAACGUCAUCAAAAAAUAUCAGUAUCAGAACCGCAGGGCACUUGAACACCAAAAGAAGGAAUUUGUCAAAUACUCCAAAAGUUUCAGUGAUACUUUAAAAACCUACUUCAAAGAUGGCAAGGCAAUCAAUGUGUUCAUGAGUGCCAACCGGUUAAUCCACCAAACCAACUUGAUACUGCAAACCUUCAAAACUGUUGCUUAGGAACUCCAUUUGUGUAGCUUUUUAAUGUUCAGCCUCACUGGGUUGACCUUUAUAUGUAAAUUUAAAUAGUCACAACUGUAUAAAUUAAAACCUCCAUUUCGGGAUUUGAAGAUGUUGGAUAAAAUAAUUGUCGACUUGCACCAUAUUUUUGUAAAGCAUUGUAGCUAAUCAUGAUUUCUCACUUAAGAAAUAUUGCAUAACUUUUUGCUAUCGUAUUCAAAUGAAGCCAAACAAAAUUACGCCUUAACAUAUUGUAAUGUAACAUUCCUUUGUGUAAAUAUUGGUGUUCUGUUUCUGAAGUUGCUGGCAAAAAAAACAAAGUUAUGUAUUUAACAUGAUUAGUGGCAAAUAAAUCUAAAGUUGUAAUCUA